GCUGCUUAUGGUCGGCUUAGUGAGACCGUACACAAUUAUCGCGACUCAGGCCCAUUAAUUCUGGCUAGUAUACACAAAGCGCUGCAUUUGUAUGGUCCAGACCAGGUUGUACUACAAGACAAACUUACGUGACAUCUCUAGUCAUCGCCCUUUUCUGUAUAAUAGUAUGACGGCCAGGUUUGAGGAAGGCUGAACUGCUUCAGAGGUUUCUAAAACAACAGGAUGUCAAAGCGAAAGUUUGCAGAGCUUCAGAACGAAAACGGUGGUAGUCCCACCCAUUCAGACUUUGAUGAGAGCAGCAACUGUAGUUCGGUCAUGACCAACAGUAGCUCGGAUGUGCCCACAGGAGUUGUUCACAAGCAGAAGAAACCCAAAAAGUCGGUACAGUUUCAUGAUGUCAAGGUGUACUACUUCCCUCGAUCUCAGGGCUUCGUUUGUGUCCCUAGCGAAGGGGGUUCAACUCUGGGUAUGGAGCUAAAGCAUUCCCAUGCUGAGGACUACUCGGUGACUGAAUAUGCUAAAGAGCAGCGACGUUUACACCAACGCAUGCUGGAGGAGCACCGCCAACAGGGGCGUUUAAUGCCUGGCCUUAUAGAUAAGUCCAAGUUGUGUGACAAAUCUGAUGAUGACGAAGAAGAUGAGGAGGAUGACGAAGAGGAGGAAGAGGAAGACUCUGACUUUGAAGAUUUAGAGGACUAUAUAUUCCUCCAACCUAUCUCAAUCAGACAACGACGUACCCUUCUGCGGCAAGCAGGGGUGAGAAAAAUUGACAUUCAGGAGAAAGAUCGGUGUAAGGACAUCCGUGUGUCUCGCGAGGUUUGUGGUUGUGAUUGUAAGGUGUAUUGUGAUCCGGAGACAUGUGCAUGUAGUGUGGCAGGUAUAAAGUGUCAGGUGGACCGUCUUUCCUUCCCUUGUGGUUGUAGCAAGGACGGCUGCGGCAAUACCAAUGGUCGUAUUGAAUUCAACCCCAUCAGGGUCAGGACUCAUUUCAUUCACACACUCAUGAGACUACAGCUUGAAAAACGGGAGGAGGAUUCGUCAUUAUACCGACUCCAAAGAUCUUCGGGGACAAAGUCUGCAUUUGAUGUAGAAUCUGGUGGAGGAUCAGAUACAUCUGUUGAUCCACAGCAAGCUGCCAGUCAGGUUAAGCCUAAAACAGUAGACUUGACAGAGUUCAACAGUAAUGAACUGGGCAGCUGUCGUGACUGUCAGAACUCUGAGGUAUGCAAUAUGAUGAUGGCAGAAGUCCAGCAUGCCAGCAUGGAGGCUGAGCAACAGCGCAGUGUGCUCAACAAUAUGUAUCCCUACAAGGAUCUACCACAGGGGACUGUUACCAACCCUCUCCCUCACGUCCUUCUGUUCAAUGACACAGAAGAUGACCUCUACACCGCCCAGAACACAACACCCUUCUAUAACUUCAAGCAGGAGGAGGCUUCCUACAGUGAGACCAGUGAAUGCUCCAGCGAUACAAGCACCACCUAUGAAAACAAUCAUUAUCAAAAGUCUUACCAGACUCUAGCUACACCUUCCUUUGAGGGUACGUUGGGUGAGGAAGCCAAUCAUGAGUUCUGUCACCGGUCAAAUCCACCUAACACCUACAUACAGGGUAACCCCACAGAACAAAAAUAUAUACCCCUAAACUCCUCUAAUCACAUGUACCGUGUAGGACAGGUGGCUCCCUCUGUUGACUCCCACAACAAUUACUCUACCCCUCAAACUCAGUGGGCCUCCAAUGGAGGCAAACAAGCCCCUGUUCCCAGUACUUACACUCCCACAGGGACGUCACAGACCAGUGAAUCGGGUCUGACCUCCUGUAGUUACACCACCAUGACCAAUACGACAUCAGACCAAAUCGCAGAGACGUGUCCCAGUAUUUCUUCCCUCAUUAACAAUGUUAGUCAAAGUCUGGAGUAUGUGGACCAAGGCAUUAACAACUUCAAACCGGUCCAGGAGGGCUACAACACCGAACAGAUUCCGAAUGACUACAGCCUGGAUUGUGAAUCUACUGCUAAGGUCUAUACUGACCUUGACAGUAGUAGCAUACCCCCACUGAAGGACAGGACCAACGACCAGUGCCUUCUGCUUGAGUCAACGUCACACUCAGCUCACAAGGCAGACGGCAAACCCACCAAGGUCACCACAGAGUCAUCCAGUGCAGACUACGGCAUCGCACCUAUCAUGGAAAACAUCAUCUCAUCCUCAACGAGCAUAGCUCAAGAUUUAUCGCAAAAAUUCCAACAAAACCAUCGUGUCAAUCCCUCUGUCACUUCCACCUCAUCUAACCACCGAGACCUGCUACGGUCAAAAGUAGAGACGGGCCAAAACUUUGGUGAAAUCAUUAAGGAGUCAAUAGUUGAAACGGUGUCGGCCUAAUUAGCCCAUGUUUCAUUGAACACAUAUCUAGGCUAUAAUUAGCUAUUAUAGCAUGACCUAAUCAUGAUGAAUGAUUGUAUCUAGAGUAGUUUAGAAAUACUGUCAAAUUGUGUGUCAGCUAAUUAUCUUACUGUAGUAGAUUUUGUAUGUCAGUCACUGUUGGCUAAUUCUUCAAUGUCUUCACUAUGUCGUAAACUGCUUUUUGGAGUUGAAACUUAGCUAUAGGUAUUAGCUAUAUAUAUAUAUCUUAUAUAUGUUUUCAAGGAAUACAGUUAGAAUUUCUUUACCUAUAUAGGUGAAUAUUUUUCAGUAUCGAUACUGAAUGCAGUAUUUGGAAAUAUUUUCCCCUGUGUGCUAUAUUUGCAAUGUAAAACUAUGUAAAAUUUUGACAACUCAUCUGUUUCAGUAUUUCAAGUAUCAAGACACUUUCACUGAUGCUUAAGUUAUUUAAGUAUAUUCAUAAACACAGUAAUGAUAAUAUUUGGAUUAAAAGAAACUCAAAUGUGAAGUGAUAUAAUUUAAUGAAUAAACAAUUCAGAAAUGAAUUUAUUUCAUAAUAAGACAUGGCCAAUAUAUGAGUAUACAUAGAAAAAGCAAGCGAAGAAAAAGCUAGGGAAUCCAAACCAUACACCUUGUUGUAUACCCGUACUUAGAGCUUUGAUCACUUGAUCAGCUGUAGCAAGAGUUGAGUUUCAAGGGUUUAAUGAUUUAUUUAAUGUUGUACUGUAAUUAGUUGUUCAAAAUUUAAUGAGGUUAUACAUUUUGUUUCAUAUAUAUUUAUAGACAUGUAUUGAUACUUUUGAAAAUUGACUGAUUGGGAGGAAAAGAAACGAAAUUGACUCGCAAGGGGCCAUUUAUGUAGAUUUGAAAGGUUGAUACGUAUAACGACAAGAUACAUUUUUUAUUAAAAUAUCAUAGAUAAAAAAGUAAGGUUGGUGCAGAAUUUUGAUAUUUUUUUAUUGAAGAAGUUAUUCAGAAGAUAUAGAAUAAAUAACAUGCUUUUCUGUUAUAUCAUUGAUCUUUUGAACUUUUAAUUGUUUUAUAUCAAUCAGCAAUGAGUAAUGGAGUCUUCUCCUACUGAGAGUGUGAUAGGGAAUUCUACAACCCUGGGGUGAAAUUAUUUGGUUAUCUAACCCGAGGCUAUAUAUGUCGAUGGUAAGACAAUUGAGAAAAUCAACCCCUCGGGUAAGUGAUUUCUGUCAAGUCUCAAGGUAGGGAUUAUUGUUUUUCUCGCGCCACAGCAUUUUAUUUAUGCAGGGCCCAGUUGUGCAAAUAUUUAAAAGAUUAUAUAUUGCUUUGCAACACAAUGUUGAUGUGAUAUGAUUUGAUAUUGUCAAUGUCACAUGUAUUGUUGCUAGCAAAUGCAAUCUGUCACACCCUAGGAGUUGACAGAAAUCAUACUCUAGGGGUUGACAGAGAAAUCACACCCUAGGAGUUUACAGAAAUCAUACUCUAGGAGUUGAAAGAAAUCAUACUCUAGAGGUUGACAGAGAAAUCACACCCUAGGGGUUGAAAGAAAUCAUACUCAAGCGGGCGAGAGAGAAAUCUUGAACAGGUAAUUAUAUAAAAUGGGAGACAAAUCUUUGAUCGACCGGACAAUUUCCUUUAUUAUCUUAUAAUAUUUAUAGUGAAAGUCCAUAAAGAAUCUCAAGCAUCUGUCAUUUCACAAUUUAAAGUGAAAUCUGUCAAAAGUGACUAAAUUGAUUGUAAAACCAAAUAGAUAUAAGGAAGAUGGAGAUCUGAGUCCUGAUAUACUUCCAUCCUGUCGUAUCUUCUGUACAUUGGGUGCUGAUCAAGCUAUUGUGGAGUUUGAUAUUGUAUAUUGUGCAUGCUUUGGUAUCUUUAAUGUACUAUAAUUAUGGACCAAUUCUUGGUCUUAUCUUUUUAUGUGUUGAUGUAAAUGUGAUGAAUUGUUUAUCUGUGUGUAGAUUUGUAUUUAGAAAUUUUUAGACGAAGUUUCUUGCCAAAUUGAUUCUGCAUUAAAGCUUUAUGAUUAGAAUUGAUAUUUUUAUAGAAUUGUCUUAAUUAUGUAGAUAUGUUUUGUAUAAAGAUGUCACAAGUUUAUGUAUUCUGUUUAUUUUGGAGGGGGUAGGGGAAUGAUUUCUCUUUACAACUUAGAGCUUUUUAGUCCCUUUCCCAAGUAGAGGGAAAUGAUAUUGGUUCCUUCGAAUUCUAAUUAUCUAAUGUUUAAACAUAUCACUUAAAGAUAAAAUUUCAUUUGCUUAUUUAUUUUCUUAUGUUUCAUUAUUUCUUUAUUUUCAUCAAUAUAAUUAAUACAGGAUUUUAAAUAGAUACAAAUGAACAUUAAAUUGAGACUUUUUAUAGCUUUUACAUUGCUGGAUUUAUAUGUAUUAUCAUUUUUAGUGAAAGACUAUCUUUCAAAACAUGUACAUCAUAAAACUCUAUUGCAAAUUUUUAAUGCUUGUAUAGACUAUAUAUAUAUAGCUAUUAUCAGUUUUUCAUGACCAGUCAAAGCAUACCAUGCGGGAAUGUGCAGUUUCAUAAGAAAAUAUUCGCUCAUAUCUCAAAAUGUUAUGGGUAUAAAUAAGCUAGAUGGUAAGAUACAAAGUUAAAGGGCUAAUUUAGAGAUUGGGGAGCAUCUCUGUUUCAAGAGAUAUUUGUUAUUUAAGAUCUUUAAAUAUUUUCUCAAUGUGGAAAUCAAUUCAAUUGUAAAUCUUCAAUCAAUACCAGUUGCAUCACACAAUUUAAAAAUCAUGUGUAAGGGUAGAUAACUCCUUCUAAACUAAUUGUUUGUUUCUCCACUUUUUAUCCAAACAUUUUCAUGCGAUGUGUUUAAUUUAAACAUUUGGUGCUUAUUUAUGAUCUGAACUGAUUUUUGUAUCAUUUCCAAUCAGGUGCUUUUAGAAAUUAUCAUAUUUCUGUGCCAUGCUUGUAUUCUGGUUCCGCUCUAAGGUUCUGAUUCAUACUAAAUCAGCAAAGCAACCUGUGCAAUUCAGAAACAAGACUGCAAUUUUGCCGUGCUUUUCAUUCUUUUGUUUUAGUAUUAUAAUUAUGUAACAUGUAAACAACAGAAUCUUAGCUUUAUUAUAAUGGACCCAAAACUUUCUUUAAAAUGCAAUUGAUACUGAUUACAAAAUGGGAAAACCUUAAUGCCAUAACUGAUUCUACAGAAUAACCAUAAUGAUGAUUAUAUAAGAGAUAUACUGAGAUAUGUACUGUGAAACAACUUAUUUUCAUUUCUGAAGAAUUUUCUGCUUAUUUCACUGGCGAUUUAGAUUCGUGAAAAUUAAAUGCCGUGAAAUAGUUUCAAUCACAGAUACAUUAGACCCUUUAUGACUGUAAAUCACGGAUUUUAGUCGUAACAAAGAUAA